UCGUCCGGCGUAUCAUUCAUUCGCCAACUGCGAUGUGCUGCGGGCGGUUGUUGUUGUCGAAGUCGGUCGCGUCGUUGAUUCCGUUGUCGUGUGUUGCUUCGAUCGAGACCUGUUCGCCCGUCCGGUCUUCGCGAAGAUCGGCCUGCUGAACUUGCCCGGUGGGUUCGUGCGCGCGCGUGCUGUUGUUGUUGUGCUUCCUAAAAGGGCCUAAAAGGUUAAACUUUUGAGUGGUUUGACGACACAUUCAAACAAGUGGUGCAAGUCAAGUCAAGUUCGCUUCCGGUUCGGGUCAAGACAGAAGAAGUGGUUCCGGGGCUUGUGUGUGCUUUAUCGCUGUUAUCAACAUCUCCUUCUAUUCAUCCGUAUCCUGUGUAUAUGUGUUUUUGUGUGUCUCUGAUAUGUGUUUUGUGCUUAGUGGGUGUGUUGUAUGAAUAGCCAUACAGCGAAAGGAAGAAGGCAUGUGACGAAGCGUUUAAUUGUUUAUCUAAACUCAUCAACCAGACGCGGAGUAUAGUUAGUUGGGUGUAGUUUGUUGCGGACGGAGUUUCCGUUUUCGAUGUGCUGAUUAACGUACGAGUGCUAGUUCUAGUGUGCUGCUAUGAAUAAUUGAUGCUCUUCUGCUCCUCCGCCCGAUACACACUACUUCGCGACACUGUAUUGUGUUUUCGCACCAACAUUUGUGUGCGGGAGUGCGCUUUAUUGCUGACAUUAGCAAUAUUUUUCUGCACACACUCCCUCUCACACUCUCGCUCCUCGAAGGCACACUCAACCAAUGUGUGCGAAGUGACUUAAUCAUCCGUCUUAGGGACGUUGUCGUCGGAAUCAGGCACGUUGCGCGGGAGUUUUAGUCCGGGGGAGCGUUUCUACGAGAAAUAUAAAAGACUGACGUCACACAAUGACGAUGGGCAACAUGCGGCCGCUGAAGAUCACAACCGUCGGGGACGGAAUGGUGGGCAAGACGUGCCUGCUAAUCACCUACGUCCGCAACGAGUUCCCCAGCGAGUACGUCCCGACGGUGUUUGACAACCACGCCUGCAACAUCACCGUGGACGAAAAGGAGUACGCCCUCACGCUGUGGGACACGGCCGGCCAGGAGGACUACGAGCGACUACGGCCCCUCAGCUACCCAAAUACCGAUUGUUUUCUCAUAUGCUACUCAAUAUCGAGCAAGACAUCUUUCGAUAACGUUAUUUCAAAAUGGUACCCAGAGAUAAGGCACUUUGCCCCUAACGUGCCCGUUGUACUCGUAGGCACCAAAAGUGAUCUCCGAGUGCACGGCUCCGAGAAGUUUGUCACGACGGUCGAGGGCAAAAAGCUCAAGCACAAAAUCAAAGCUUACUCACUGGUGGAGUGUUCCGCGAAGAAGAAACUCAACCUGGGUGACGUGUUCGACGAAGCCGUCCGGGCCGUGGAGAAGAAACCCCACCACAAGCCACGUGUCUGCACGAUACUCUAGUUCCGGUGGCGUUGUUGGGACCGGACCUUUACGGAAGCUUUAUAGACUGUAGAUUUUCUAACGCACUUACAACAACACUACGCACUGGCAGUAGUUGGCGCCAAGGCCAGUGAUGAUCAAAACAAAACAAAACAAUUAUGGUAGAUGUUCUACUUAAACAGCAAACUCCUAUUUAUCUGUACUCGUGCGAUCACCGCAAACGACCGUUUCUCCUCGUUGCCUUAUCCGGAAAUAUCAUUCUACCCCUACACCACAGGAAAGAAAGUAUUCUAGAAAGAUUUCUUACCGAGCUAGUAUUGUGAAUAUUGAUUGAAAUUAUUAUAUUUGAUAAAAAAGGAAAGAAGCUCUAAAUUAGCCAUUGGAAGAGUUCAGAUUUGUACGAUAUCAACAGAAAUUAUUGCAUUCAUUUUUUGUUUUCAACAUCAUCCCAAAAUGGAAUAUGUCAUAUUCGUUCACUAGUCAUAUUGAUUUUUUUUCAAAAUACAGAAAAUGUAAUAUAAUAGAAAUAUAUGUAUGUUAAAUAUAACUCACGAAA